GGAGGGGUGACAGAUUUCCUGCGCUUUCCAAACGGUUGAGUAAGGUAGCCUACAACAAAGGAGACACUAAAAACGAUGAACGGCAACGGAGAAAUUAACGGGUUCCAUAACUCUCUUAUUGAGGAGGACUGCUUCUUGUUUACAUCGGAGUCCGUUGGAGAAGGGCAUCCAGAUAAGAUAUGUGACCAGAUAAGUGAUGCGGUUUUGGACGCUCACCUGAAGCAAGACCCAGAUGCAAAAGUGGCUUGUGAAACUGUAGCCAAGACUGGAAUGAUUUUGCUGGCGGGAGAGGUGACGUCUCGUGCUGUUGUAGACUAUCAAAAGGUGGUCCGUGACACCAUAAAACACAUCGGCUACGACGACUCAUCCAAGGGCUUUGAUUAUAAGACCUGUAAUGUUCUGGUGGCCCUGGAGCAGCAGUCUCCAGACAUCGCCCAGGGAGUGCACUUAGACCGCAGCGAAGAGGACGUUGGAGCUGGCGACCAGGGUCUAAUGUUCGGUUAUGCCACUGAUGAGACUGAGGAAUGUAUGCCACUCACUAUUGUGCUCGCACACAAACUUAAUGCCAAGUUGGCAGAACUGAGGCGCAACGGCACCCUGCCCUGGCUCCGGCCCGACUCCAAGACUCAGGUUACUGUGCAGUACAGACAGGAGCGUGGAGCCAUGCUGCCGGUGCGGGUCCACACUAUUGUAGUCUCUGUGCAGCACGAUGAAGACAUCUGUCUUGACGAGAUGCGUGAUGCGCUAAAAGAUAAAGUCAUCAAGGUCGUGGUCCCCUCCGUUUAUCUGGAUGAUGAUACCAUCUACCACUUGCAGCCCAGUGGCCGCUUUGUCAUUGGAGGCCCUCAGGGUGACGCCGGCCUGACUGGUCGUAAGAUUAUUGUGGAUACCUAUGGAGGCUGGGGAGCCCAUGGUGGAGGAGCUUUCUCUGGAAAGGAUUACACCAAAGUGGACCGUUCUGCUGCGUACGCUGCCCGCUGGGUGGCCAAAUCUCUCGUGAAGGCCAAACUGUGCAGGCGUGUUCUUGUGCAGGUUGCUUAUGCCAUUGGAGUGGCUCAUCCUCUUUCCAUUUCCAUCUUCCACUAUGGCACAUCCCAAAAGAGUGAGCAGGAGCUGCUGAAAAUAGUCAAGAAAAACUUUGAUCUUCGUCCAGGAGUCAUUGUGAGGGAGCUGGAGCUGAAGAAGCCAAUAUAUCAGAAGACUGCUGCGUACGGUCACUUUGGCCGUGACUCUUUCCCUUGGGAAGUGCCCAAAAAGCUGCACUACUAAACCUUUUGUUAAGGUUUUUCCUCUCUAGGCCUGUUGGUGUAUUCUACAGAGAAGCCCGCAUGGCUUAUGGGGAGAAGUCUUAUUCUGGUACAAGUCCUGCUGGUCCAUCUUUUUCUUUCAUUUUCCUAUCAUAUUGCAUCAUCAACCAUAGACCUUAUUCAGAGCAGCGCCAUGACGGGUUUCAUACCCGUGAGGCUGUGAGGGAUAGACUUACCGUGUUUCC